CCAGUGCAUGUUUCUCAGUCACCACCACCGGAUGGGAGGAGAGGCGGAGGAUAGAUGUGUUGGAGAACGAAGAGAGAGAGAGAGAGAAAGAGAGAGAGAAAGAGAGAGAAAGGCAAGGAGUGGAGGAACGAGUAGACAAGAACUCAAGGUGUAUUUUUUUUAAUUUAUUUUUUUUAAUCUGCUGAGACAAUCAACACAGGAGCGUUAUGGUUUUGUCCUCCCCCUUUAGAUAUUACAGGAGAUCUCACUUUAUUCUGAGGCGAGAGCGAGUAUAGGCUGACUCCUGACGCGUGAGGUUACACGCCUUUGGGCAUCACCGUCGAUGAAGGAUGGUGGGCACGACCGUGUAGGGGUAAUUUCAGCACAAAGUAAUCCCGAGAUCCGCCGUGGCGGUGGUGGAGGGGGGGGGACAAAACAAAAGAGGAGGGGGCAAACUAUGAUCCGAGGAUGAUUUCUGCAAAGAAAACUCUGGAGGAGAGUCGCUAUCCUGUCCACUAUCUGGUGUGGCACAACAAGCACCGGCAGCUGGAGAAGGAGCUGGCAACCAGCGAGCAGACGGAUUUAGAGGCUCUGGACCCUCGUGGCCGGACUCCUCUCCACCUGGCUGUCACUUUGGGCCACCUGGAGUGUGCCAGGGUCCUGCUGCAGCACGGAGCUGACGUUAGCAAGGAGAACCGCAAUGGCUGGACCGUUCUUCAAGAGGCGGUGAGCACAAGGGACCCGGAGCUGGUGCGUCUCGUGCUGCGUUACCGUGACUACCAGAGGACUGCCAAGAGGCUGGCGGGCAUCCCCGUCCUGCUGGAAAGACUUCGCCAAGCGCAGGACUUCUACGUGGAGAUGAAAUGGGAGUUCACGAGCUGGGUGCCCCUGGUCUCCCGUAUCUGCCCCAGCGACACCUACAGAGUGUGGAAGAGUGGACAGUGUCUCCGUGUGGACACCACCCUCAUGGGCUUCGAGCAGAUGACCUGGCAGAGAGGCAACCGCAGCUUCAUUUUGAAGGGGCAAGCAGACUCCAGCGCGGAGGUGAUGGAGGUGGACCACGACAGGCAGCAGGUGUUCUGCGAGACCUUGUGCGUCCCGUCUCUCACGGCGCUCUCUCCUGGCGGGGGGAAACCCGGCGCCUGCAAGGGCACCUGCGCCGGACUGGGCCUCCUGGGGGCGACGCAGCCCAGCGACGAGCAGGUCGCAGCCAGGCUGUCCGCACCGGUGGUCACCACGCAGCUCGACACCCGCAACAUCGCCUUCGAGAGGAACAAGACUGGCAUCCUGGGCUGGAGGAGCGAGAAGACGGAGACAGUGAACGGAUACGAGGCCAAGGUCUACGCAGCGUCAAACGUUGAGCUGGUCACAAGGACCCGGACUGACCACCUGUCGGAUCAGAACAAGAACAAGACGAAAGGCGGCAAGACUCCGCUGCAGAACUUCCUCGGGAUCGCAGAGCAACACAUGGGCUCCAACAACACGGGGAACAAACAUCAGGAACAAAAAGCAAACGAAGCUCUGGUGACGCAGAUGUCAUCCCCCGCGAUGACGAACCCUGCGGCUCUGACGGCCGAGGAGUACUUCAACCCCGGCCCGACGCAGCCGACGCCGAGAGACAUCGGCCAGCCGUGCCAGCUCACCACCAAGACCCAGAGGUUUAAAGCCAAGCUGUGGCUGUGCGAGUCCCAUCCCCUGUCCCUGGCGGAGCAAGUGGUGCCCAUCAUCGAUCUCAUGGCCAUCUCCAACGCCCUGUUCGCCAAGCUGCGUGACUUCAUCACUCUGCGGCUGCCGCCUGGUUUCCCAGUCAAGAUCGAAAUCCCCCUGUACCACAUCCUAAACGCCAGGAUCACCUUCAGCAACCUGAACGGCUGCGAAGACGGAGGCGGCCUCCGCUGCGACAACGACAUCGGGGUGGAGGGGGACGCCCGGCGGGACGCCCCGAGGACAGACACUCCCUCUCCGGGCAGCGACUCGUCCAGCGUCUCCAGCUCCAGCUCCACAACGUCGUGCAGAGCAGGAGAGAUUCCCCCGUGUGUGUUCGAGCCCCCGCCUGGAUACACCAUGCUAGGCGGCAAACAGAGAGACAGCAUGAGGGAGGAGGAAGAGGACUUACUGCAGUUUGCCAUACAGCAGAGUCUGCUGGAGGCCGGAUCCGAAUAUGAUCAGGUGACUAUCUGGGAAGCACUGACCAAUAGCAAGCCAGGAGCACACCCUCUGUCUAGUGACCCAAGUCGUGUGGAGAGGACGCCCCUGCACAAGCCCCGCCCCCCUGCAGGCUUCUGCUCCACCCCCUCCAAGAAGCAGCCGCCCGCCUGCACCUACGACGAGCAGCUGCGCAUCGCCAUGGAGAUAUCAGCCCGGGAGCAGGAGGAGGCGGACCUCCGGCGGCGGCAGGAGGAGGAGGAGCUUCAGCGGAUCAUCCGGCUGUCCCUGAUGGAGAAGUGAGAGCCAAGGCGCCUCGUUUCUGGCCGUGCCUGCGGGGAAGGGUCUGCACCGAGGACACGUCGGGAUAAGAUGGAGGAGACGGCUGCUCUGGAAACUUGAAGCACACUACUGACUGCCUGAAUCGUCGUGGGGGAAACAAUAAAGCCUCCUUCUCUUUCCUCCCAUCGUCUUCGUCAGACCUUUCCCUCGAAGCCAUGAGGUGACGGAGGCCGGUAGCCGGAGAGGGACGCAUCAGCGGCACCACAGCGGUACCUUGUCGAGCAAGUGCCAGUUUACAAGCGACAACAACACUCCCAAUACCAGUUUUAUCUGCAGCGGGGGUCAUCAGUUCUCCGUCUGCAGUGUUUCUGCUCCAGCGUUACAAACACACACACAAACACACACUCCGAGCCUUUCCUCCUGCUGAACGCUCAGACUCUAAAAGAUGUAACACAAGCUGUGACGAGCAAGGCUCUGUGUGGUUAGAGCUGCGACCAGCGUCAACUAAGCCGUGGGAAGGUUCGGUUUUGAAAUGACAUUUUGGCAAAACAACAUGCAG